AUGCAACGAGCCAACUGUACCCAUCAAGCUCCUGCCUUCAAAACGGACAUCAACAAGAACGAACGCAAGCGUCCCUGUGUCCGAGCCGAGAAUCAUCGUGAUACCACGGGCUAUACGGACAUGCAGGCGGUUAGACGCACGGAGGCUGUAAUACCUUGUCAUAGUCGCUCCUAUCCACCCACACAGACACCCCGAUCUGGGGAUCUAUACUGGGAUAUGCCGGCUUUGACAGCGGGGGCUGGAGAUAGAAAUGAGGAGACAAUGGCCAGAGGAGUGCUGGAAGCUCACAAGCCAGUUGAACCUCAAGAAAGGGGGCGCUACCGCCACGGAAGACACCACGAAGACGAGAGCCUUGACGCAAAUAAAGAUAACCGGGGAGACCAAUGGGAGAAAGGAGCUGAUGCGAGAGGAGUUCACGAAUCAACUCAGUCGAACUGGAACCUGACAAUCCAAGAUCCGUUACCAUCUAGCCGUCCACAUUCUACUCAAAGCGCCAAGUUCAACGAAGCCUUAAUUGGCGUGGCAGCAACCACGGCUGGCGAGGAGACACCAGAGAUGGAAGCCGCCUUCGUUCAAACUAGAGGCGUUAUCGCCAGGAAUCCGUGCAAGAGGUGUUCGCAAGGGCGCGGCCUCUGGAAAGAGUGCAUCGAGCGGGUAGGAGGGAACCAUUGGACGAGUAACGGGACGUGCCAGAACUGCUAUCAGGCGGUUAAGUGGGUAAAGCCGAAGUACGGCAACUCGCCCAGACCUAGGCAGGGCCUUGAGUUUAGGGCAGAUACAAGCUGCAGAGCAUCGGCGGUACCUGGAAGCCCCGACAUCUCACCUCGACAACCACCCGCCGACCAAUCACCCAAUCAAGGCGCGGAAGCCAUCCCGUUCCCAUUGACGGCUGAGUCCAUCAACGACGUUGUUCUCCUCCAGGACGCAGCCGACGACCUCAGAGCACAUUUGGAGGUGAUAGGGCGCCAGAUUCGUCGGUUGCAAGGGCAGGAAGAUGACCCAUGGGGGAAUGUAUAG